AUGUCCAACAACGCCAACACCACCGCCCCAACCAAUACCAGCUCGGAUGCAUCAGGUUUACUGCCCCAAGGUACCGCCAGCAAAAAUUCGACCCGAAACUCAACCACCACUCCGGCCGGCGCUUCUGUUGCAAGCAACAGUACCAACAACACCGACAGCAUGGUGACUCUACUUACUUUUGGACCGUUGUCGUCGUGUGUCCAGCUACCCAACCUCUCUUCCAGCACUAUGCCUGAAAUCGGCAAUUUUUCCAAUGUUGCUAAGCAGCAGGCGAUCUCGGCCUGGCUCGCUUCGCUAACGACGACAAGCUCGUGUACCGCUCUAUCGUGGGCGAUGAGACCGGACUAUUCGAAGCAUCUCGAUGCCAUGUCGAGCUUUCAAACCCAGCUGGAGGAGCUGUUUCCCUUAGCUGCGGCCUAUACGUCUUCGGCCGUGGGGAUGACUAGCACCGUCAGUACCUCGGGUGCAGGCAGCAAUCUGAGCUUCUUCCCCAACAGCUCGUCGACCAACGCUUUUUCGGCAGCGGCAAACACUGCCGACACGCUGCCUACAACUCUCCCGCUUUGGAUCGGACUCGCCCUCGCCUGUGCAACACUAGUCCAUUUGCUAGCGUUCAUCCUGCACCUCUGUGCGGAUCUCGACGCACUGUUCCCCUCGCUUGCGGCCAAGCGGCAGGCCAACCAGAAGCCAGACGAGUUCGAGUUGCCACAGCACAUUCAACACCCGAACGAGAGCAAGGAGGCACUUGUUCAAGAUAAGCAAGCUGUUCAAGGUGUGGAUCGGAACACGAACGAGCCUCCGCGGUAUAACGAGCCGUUGACGUCGGAGCAGAGUGAAGUGGGGUGUGGGUUGGUGGAGACACAUGUGCUGAUUCGGAUCGCGCGCAAGUGUAAGAGGAUUGUGGUUCCGUUGUUGAUGCUGUCGGCGGCAGCGAUGGUGGGUGUGGCGGUGGUGUUGAAUGCCAAGUUUGCUGUUGGACCCGUUGGGUCUUUUUCGGGCUCGGACUCGGCGAUAGGACCAGCGGUGGGGUCGAGCUCUGGUUCAAGUGCAAUCACGGUAGGUGCGAACAAUACCAGUGCAGCUGCUCCCAUAUCGUACGCGAGUACGAGCAGUGAUGCCGGUGGUAGAAGUCGUCAGGCUGCCAGUCCGACUAGUAGCAGCGGUGAUGCUACCUCGGAGAAGCCUUCCGUGCCUAUUGUAGACCAGUCUCGCGUCGGCGAAGAAGGCAGAACCUCUGCCUCUACUAGCACGUCCACACCCACAGUGCCGGCCAUGAGCAGCAUGGCCAGGCUCGUUCGACGACAAACGCUCUUCUUUUCAACACCCUCAUCUUCCGGCGACAAUCCGUCUGCAACCGCUACCACUACCACCAGCGCCACCGCUUUCGACCUGCCUCCUUCACUUUCCUCUUCCUCCACCGCUACCUUGUCCACUCCAACACCGUCGUCAACAGCCACAGAUAUAAACGCAUCGCUCUUUCCAACCAUCGCAACCACCGCCUCGUCCGCCCUCUCUUUCCCCGCUUGGCCCACCGCAGGAGCUUCCGCCCCCACCACUUCUAUGACCGCUGCUGCUUCUGCACCGUCGGUGUUUGUGCUGCAACGCGGGUCCUCGAUCCACCGGCUUUGGUGGAUCGUCAUGUUGGAUCUGCUGCUCUGGCUUGCGCAGCGCAGACGCACACGCGCCCAGACGGCGUUGGAUAAGGCGAGGGCGCUUGUCAUUGAUCAGCUCACAGCCAAGCGUCCCUGA